ACCCCCCGUAGGAGGCCGGCCUCAUCCCCCGACUCCCUCCCUCCCGCCCCAGCGGAUCCAUCCGCCCAAUAAAGCUCCUGUCCAGAUCUAACCCUGCGGAUCCGGAUCACCCUGCCCCGCGCCGAUCCUCGUGAUUAGAUUUUCCUCCGAUUUCCCCCCAUUUUUUUUCUCUUUGAUCGGAGCUAGGGUUAGGGCGCGCGAGGGCGCCGCAAUUAAGGGCCAUCCAUCGCCGGAGUUGAUUCGUCGGGCUAGGUGUUUCGCCGGGGGAAGGGGAGCGAAUCGAAACGAUGGAGAAGAAGAAGGUGGCGGUCCCGCUGGUGUGCCACGGCCACUCGCGGCCCGUGGUGGACCUCUUCUACAGCCCCGUCACGCCCGACGGCUACUUCCUCAUCAGCGCCAGCAAGGACACAAAUCCAAUGCUUCGUAAUGGUGAGACUGGCGACUGGAUUGGGACUUUUCAAGGUCAUAAAGGUGCUGUUUGGAGCUGUUGUCUUGACAGAAAUGCUCUGCGUGCUGCAUCUGCUUCAGCUGACUUUUCAGCUAAAGUAUGGGAUGCACUAACUGGUGAUGAGCUACAUUCAUUUGAACACAAGCAUAUAGUCCGGUCCUGUGCCUAUUCUGAGGAUACCCACCUGUUACUCACUGGAGGCAUGGAAAAGAUUUUGCGUGUGUACGAUAUGAAUCGUCCUGAUGCAGCUCCAAGAGAGCUUGACAAAUCACCCGGUUCUGUCCGAACUGCUGCUUGGCUUCACAGUGACCAAACGAUAUUAAGUUCCUGCACUGAUAUGGGUGGAGUAAGGCUAUGGGAUGUGAGGAGUGGAAAAAUUGUCCAAACUCUUGAAACCAAGGCACCUGUCACUAGUGCAGAAGUAAGCCAUGAUGGCAGGUUCAUCACUACUGCUGAUGGAUCAAGUGUAAAAUUUUGGGAUGCAAAUCACUUUGGGCUUGUUAAAAGCUAUGAAAUGCCAUGCACUGUGGAGUCAGCUUCACUUGAACCAAAGUCUGGGAGCAAAUUUGUCACUGGAGGAGAAGAUUUGUGGGUUCAUGUAUUUGAUUUCUUCACUGGCGAAGAAAUAGCUUGUAACAAAGGGCAUCAUGGGCCAGUCCACUGCGUCCGGUUUGCACCUGGUGGUGAAUCAUAUGCAUCAGGAUCAGAAGAUGGCACCAUCCGGAUCUGGCAGGUUAGCCCGGCUAACGCUGAUGACAAUGAGGCGGUCAGUGCAAAUGGCAAGCCGAAUAUUGGGGUAGACGAGGCUGCACAGAAGAUUGAAGGCUUCCACAUCCCCAAGGAGGGGCAGACCGAGGGGUAGGAUUGCAUCUUCGGCGUGCUUAGCGUUGCUUGGUGCAUAUUGGGAGGUGAUUACCAUCAGAGCCGUUCACAUUCAGUUUCUCCCUUGAGUCGUCUUCAAUGCCUGUUUGCGAUCCAAGGGUGGGCCGGCUUCUACAUCACAGCACUGGGGAAUAACCAAAUCCUUCGUGAGCAAAUGGUGGUGGGUUUUUGUAUGGGGCCCGCGCUUCAAUAGACGCUGUCAGCAUAGAAUCUGUAGUGUCAAAAUAAACCAAGAGAAAAAAAAAAGCAAGUUGGGUAAUUUAGUACCGUGUCUGCGGUCAUCACAAAAGGGAAGGCUUGUAUCGCCCCUGGUAAUUGUCGUUGUCUUCACCGGUUUUAUUUUUUGCAUCGCCAUUCUCCUAACAAUGAAUGUGUGAACUGAAGUGUUAUAUAAUUUGUCCCUUGGAAUGC